AUAUUUCCUUUUACCGUGAAUGCAGCACAAUACAUGUCUUCACGUCCAGUUACAACAUUCUCGCCUGGAGUGAUUCAUGUUGUCCUAAAAGAAGCUAGGAGCAGCCUAUGCCCGGACUAAAACAAAAGCACCUUUCCUAGUUUUAAGUGAAACCUCGACAUGCCCGAUUCUGUCGCGAGUGAAACCGGUUCCAAGGUUUCGGACCCACAACAUUCCAAGAAACUCCUCCGGGUCCUUCGUACCUUCUGGCAGGAGCAAAGUUUCCACGACGCGCUGCUGGUGGUCGAUGGAGAGGAGCUGGCGGUCCAGAAGAACAUCCUGGCCGCUGCCAGCCCUUAUGUCAGGACCAAGCUGAACUACAAUCCCCCAAAGGAAGAUGGGUCUACAUACCGAAUCGAGCUGCAGGGGGUCUCCAUGGCCAUCAUGAAGCAGAUCCUGGACUACAUCUUUAGCGGUGACAUCACUCUGAGUGAGGAGACCAUCCAGGACAUGGUGCAGGCGUCGGACAUGCUUCUCAUGACCGACCUCAAGAACCUGUGCUGCCAGUUCUUGGAGAGCUGCAUCGCCGCAGAGAACUGCAUCGGCAUCCGGCUCUUCUCUCUGCACUACUGCCUCUACCACGUCCACUAUGCCGCCACCGAGUUCCUGCAGAUGCACUUCGGCGACGUGGUGCGCACCGAGGAGUUCAGGGAGUUGCCCCCGAGCCGGCUCUGCGAACUGCUGGCCAUGGAGAAGCUGAACGUGGGCAACGAGAAGCACGUGCUGAAGGCCGUGGUGCGGUGGUACGCACACGACCCGGUGGAGCGCAAGGUGCACAUGAAGGAGGUGAUGUCGGCAGUUUGGCUGCAGGGCCUGGACGUGAGCUACCUGAGGGAGCAGGCCUUGGGGGAGCCACUGAUGAGGGAGGUGAUCACAGAGUACUGUCAGCAGGUGCUGGCAGCUGGCCCGCUGCAGGGCGAGGCCAUGCUCGCCGCCUUCAAACCCCGAGGUUACUCGGAGUGCAUCGUCAUCGCCGGAGGGGAGGAUCGCAAAAACAGGAAGCCCACUGCUGUGACGCGCUGCAUGUGUCCGCUCUAUGACGCCAACAGACAGGCCUGGAUCGAGCUGCAGCCAAUGAGCGUCGCCCGCCUCGGCCACGGCGUGGUCGCCGCCGAGGGUUUUCUGUUUGUGAUGGGCGGAGUAAAUGAACACCACACAGUCAUGGAUAGUGGAGAAAAAUAUGACCCCGACUCCAACACCUGGAGUCCCAUACCCCCGAUGCUACAGGCUCGUCAGAGCUUUGGUGUGGUGGAGCUGGACGGUCUGAUCUACGUUCUCGGAGGAGAGAACAAUGAAGCAGAGCUGAUCACCGUCGAAGUGUUCGACCCUCACUGCAGUACCUGGAAAAUUCAGACCAGUAUGACCAUGAUCCGCAAGGUCGGCUGCUACGCCUCCAUGAACAAGAAGAUCUACGCCAUAGGCGGGGGCUCCUACGGGAAGCUGUUUGACUCCGUCGAAUGCUUUGACCCCAAAACGCAGCAGUGGACGGGCCUCUGUCCUCUGAAAGAGAGACGGUUUGGGUCGGUGGCGUGUGGCGUCGGCCAGGAGCUCUACGUGUUCGGCGGAGUUAGAAGCAAGGAGCAGGACAACCCCGAGCAAAGACAGAUGCUGACCUGCAAGUCUGAGUUCUACCAUGACGAGAUGAGGAGGUGGAUGUUGCUGGAUGACCAGAACUUGUGUAUCCAGACCAGCUCGUCCUUUGUUUGCGGCGCCGUGCCCAUCGGAGCCAGCAUCUAUGUGCUGGGAGACCUGGACACAGGAACGAGCUUCGACUACAUCCGGGAGUUUCGCCGCAGCACUGGGACGUGGCAUCACACCAAGCCCAUGUUACCCAGCGACCUCUCCAAAACAACCUGCGCCGCCCUGCGCAUCGCCAACUGCCGACUGUUCCGCCUUCAGUUGAGCCAAGGCAUGUUCCGGAUCUGAGUGGCCCUGGGUCGGCUACUUUCUACCUGCUGUAGGUCUGGCUUUUGGGCUUUUAUGAAGCCUAAAGUGUUCUCGUCGUUAGAUACUGAGGGCUUUAUACUUGACAAGACAAAAGGUUUUUAACCUAAAUAUUUCUUUUGGUUUUAGUGUGGGUUUGUUUUUUAUUUCAAUAACCGUACCUCAUUUGUAAUGUUUACUGGGGAUUUGUUGCUUGGUGAGAGAUUUAAGCUGUAAACGGAUCUUAAUAUUGACUUCCACAUUGUUUUUAUUACAAGAGGGAUUUAGAUUGACAUUUUAAAAGCACUGCUGUGUUGCAUUUAUUAUAUUGUUUGGUGGUGUAUUGUUCGACUUUUUGGCCCAAUUGUAGAUGACAUAAUCAUUUGUCAUGAUAUUUUUAAUAGCUACAGUGAAGGUUAAGGGUUGAAAAUAUUUUCGUUCCAUAAAUCUUUAGUGGGAAGGGAGACUGGUGUCCGUCCCUAGAAUAAGAGAGCAAUGGGGUCCUCCACUGGUUAUAAAGUAGAGCAUGGUAUUAAUAGUAAUCAGGGGAGGUAUUUUGUUAUUCGUGUUAUGAGGCCCUGAUCACACCGAGCGGCUUCACUAGUAACGCACCGCCUACAAAACCAUUGUUUUCCUUGGCCCGAUCAUAUCGAGCGAGGGGCAGGCUUUCAUACUUUACCACUGACUUCCUGUUUCGAUGCCGGUAGACGUGGUAGUAACAGACAAAGGCAGAAUUAUAUUAGCGUUUUCUUUAUUAUAAUAAGCAAUAUAAUUGUUGCCCUCCCUUGUCAUUCAACAGCGGCUCAUCAGCUGUUAUGUACAACCCAAAUUGCCAAGAGCUGUUUAGGAAGCAGCCUCGCCUGUUGCCACACGUCUCGUGUGAUCCGGCCGGAAGUUACUAAUAAGUCAUAGACUGAGGAGUCACUCCGGAUCAAACCAGUGAAAUACUCUCUGGUUUGGUUCUGCUCGCGUUGACUCCAGGGAAGUGCAGAAGAGUUUGGUUAUAAAGUCAACAUGCUGGACUCUGGACUUGCUGCAGAUCCCGCCCCCCCCCCCAUCGCUGUACAGAGCACUGCUAGCUUGUUUAUUGAUAUUGAACAUGUCCAAAUUGCACUAAGUUCGUCAAAGCACGCCCCAAGGUCUCCAGCUGUACACCAGUAGAUCGGCUGAACGGUUCUCAAGAUAGGACGGGUUCCUCGCCUCACAGUUCGAUGAAGACGAAGGUUAUUUGGAAAUCAAACUUUAUUUAUUUAGCACCGUUCACUCCACAUCAAAUGCACCUCAAAGUGCUUCACAAAGCCAUUCACCAAACUUCAGAUUUUACAAAUUUUUAAAUGUUCAUACAAUCAGAAUCAGCUUUAUCGUGCGUGUGUGUGUGUGUGUGCACAUACAUACAUACACACAUACAUACAUACACACAUGGAAUUUGACUCCGGUUACACGUACGUACAUACAUAUUUAAAUUAC